AUGGUUAAUUGGAGUAAUGAUCUCUUAAUUGAUUGUUAUGACUCCAUAUAUUUUGAUCAGAGAGUCGAUGAAUCUCUAUUGAGAUCAAUCAAAGAAGAGUUGACAUCGAUGUUCAAAUAUCCAAAGAAAGACCCCAAUACAAAAAACCAAAUGAUUGAAAAUAAACUGCCAGUGGAAUUUUCAAAUGGUGAUAAAUUUAAAUUAAAUCAACAAUUUAUAGAGUCAAGCAUCUUGUUAUCCAAUGAAUUGGAUUUGAAUGAACUUCAUACCGCAGAAAUUUUAUAUCAUGGUAAUAAAUCAAAUAUAGAUGGAGUUGAUUUUGUAGAUACUGGGAAACAAUAUUACUUCAAAAGAUUCGAAUAUGCAUUGAAUAUUUUGGGAUAUUUAAUAACCAAUAAGAAAUUGAAUUUGAUUGUAACGGAUUAUAAUGAAUUAUUAACCAAUUUAAUUGAAUCUUUCAAUAACAUUUAUAGGAUAUUGAAUAAUCUUGAAGAUUUAGUCAAUAAGAUGAAUGUCACUAAUAGUUGGAAUGAAAGUUCACUUAAUUCAAUAUUAUACACAAAACAAGAAUUAUUUCAAUUGCAUGAAUUAUUAGGUCAAAUAUAUUAUAAUUUGAUUGAAAAUUAUUUCGAUAAAUUCAAUUUAGCUUCAUUUAAUACCAUGAUAACUCAUAUAAAGUCCAAUAUAAGUGAUGAUGAUUUAUUGAUAGUCCAUUAUUUACCAGGGAUCUUGAAUUUCGUUAAUAAAUUUGAAAAAUUACCUGAAUCAGAUAUAAUAUCAUUACAUAAACAGAUCACUACUUCAUUGAAUGAAGAUUUCAAAUUAGUUUCCAUAAAUGAUGAUAUCAUAGAUUUAACCAAUUCUAAGUUGAAAAGUUUUGAAGUUUUAAUUGACUUUAUCAUUUUAACCAAUUUGGUUAAUUGGUGUAAGAAUACUAAGAAUUAUGAAAAAUUUGAUUUUGAUAAUGAUUUCUUGAAAUAUUUCCAAAUUUGUUUGAAUUAUGGAGUUUUUGAAAACUUAUUGAGAUUCACUAGUGAAACAUCCAAUGAUGAAACCAUCAAGUACUUCGAAAUCAACAAUUUGUGUGAUUUUAAAUUCAAUUUACAGAAGAAUUUCCCUAAUUUGAAAUUGAUCAAAUUUCAUAGUGAAAAAUUACAAUUGAAAAUUUCCAAAGUGUUCAAAGAUGAUUUGUUACCAAUUUAUUGGCAUUAUUUCUUCAAGAAUUUCAUUGAUAAUGUUGCUAUAAUAUUAACUCAAUUGAGAGAUAAUGAAGAAGAUUUCUUAUUAUCAUCAAUCAAUAAACAGAAAAAGAGUAAGGAAAUCCAAGAUAAUAAUGAUAAAUCUUUGAUUGGGAUCAAUUCUAUCGAAGUAUCUGAAGAUAACUUUGAAAUUGAUUUUGAAGAAAUUUAUUUAAGAAGUGAUUUAGAAAGAUUCUAUUUAUCGUUUGUUUACACAUAUAAUUUCAGACCAGUAAUUGGAGAUUUAAUUUGGGGUAAUGAUGAAAUCAAUAAUGAUUUGAUUGGAUUUAUAAUGUGGGGUGUUAAUAAUAAUUCAUCACCUUUAAUAACAGCAACUUUUUGUUUACUUUUAAGUUCAUUAACUACCAAUGGUGAUAAUUCAAGUAACAAAAUAUUCGAAAUCUUGAUCAAUAAUAAUUCUAUUAAGAAAAUUGAUUAUUCCAAGAUAUCCAUUGAUUCUAUUUAUGAAUCAUUGAAUUAUUAUCUUGAUUCGUUGAAUGAUAAUCUCGAAACUGAUUCAACCAUGUCGAAAUCUUUAUUGAAUGACCAAUUGAAGAAAUUUAAUGAGAUUUUGAUUGAAUUAUCCAAUGAUUCCAUGAUCUUUAUAAAUGGGUUUUUGAAUUUGAUUACAUCGAUUAUUUCAAAUUUAAAUGAUAAUUUCGAACGGUCAAAAGAGAUCAAAAUCAACCUUUUCAAUAGAUUUAAACCUAUAAUUAUUGGGUUUUUGAAAUUCGAUAAUCUUAUCAUCAACUCCAAAUUGAAAUCCAAUUCAAAUACUAUCAUUCUUAUCAAUGAAACCAAUAGAAUUCAGUUGAUCAACUUAAUCUUCAACUUCUUGAAAUCAUUCAAUGAACCAACUUUAAAUUUAGAAAUUUGGAAAAUUUUAGAUAAUUGGAUGUUUCAUAAUUACAUUGACGAUGAAAAGAUAUCAACAUCAUCAAAGAUUAAAUUCACAAAGAACAACAUCACUAUAAAAAAUGCAUUUAAAAUCAAUUUAAUUGAUUUAACUAAUAUUUUAAAUUUCACUGAUUUGAUCCAAAGUUUAUUACUUAAAAAAUCAGUGGACUUCACCAGAAUUCAAUAUGAAUUAUUAUAUCCUAAAGAUUUGGGUUUCAAUUAUCGAUUAAAUAAUGAAAUUGGUAUUUGGCCCUAUUUAGAAUUCAUCAUUGUUGAAGUAUUCCAAAACUCAAACAAGGUGGUCGAUAAUGAUAUUAAGCAUCAUUUACAAGGAACUUUGAUUGAAAUCUUCCAACAUUCAAUUGAUCAAAUUGAUUGGGAAUUCUUAAUUGACACUUUACCAACCAUAACUGAAUUUGAUAAUAAUUCCCUUAUCAAAGAAGAAACUUUCAACACUUUCAUUAAACUUCAUCAAUCUAUAAGUAUUCUCAAUUACUUAUACGACGAGAAAUCAUUAAAGGUAAUUUUCCAAAUCAUUGAAGAUGAAAAGCCAAAUUUGAGUAAUUCCCUUAAUUUAUUAGAAACCUUAAUCAAUUUACAAGAGAUUUUCAGGAAACUUUUACCUAUAGUUAAAUCUUCAUCACCAUUGAAUGUUUAUUAUCCCAAAAAUUUCAAUAGUCCUAAUGUUUUUGAAUUAAUCAACUUCAACAACGAAAUUAUCACUAAAUUGGGAUUACUCAUAAAUCAUAAUGACGACGAAGUUGUUGAAAAAUCCAUGGAUUUAUUGAAUACGAUUAAUAAUGAUAGCAAUUUGAAUGAAAAUAAAUUAUUCACCAUUUAUAUUAAUUCACCCGAUUCAUUAAAUUUGAAAUAUUCCAUGAUAAAUCAAUUCUUGAAUGGGGACAUUAAGAUCAAAUUCAAAAUCUUGAACUUUAUCAUCAAAGAUUUGGCUAAAAAUGGUAAACAACCUUGUAUAAGUCAUUUUAUUUUGGGUUAUAAGAUUCAAGGUAAUUAUUUGAUACUUGAAGAUAAGAAUCUUUUAAAGAAUUUAUUAGAUUUAUUGAUCUCAACUUUGGAUUCUAUUUCAACUAUUGACUAUAACAAUGGUAUCAAUAUCAUUGAUUAUAAUUCAGUUAAAGUAUCAUCAUUAAUAUUGAAUAUUAUCAUCAAAUUAAGUGAGAAUCCAGUUUCUUCAACCAUUUUAUCAUUCAUCAGGAAUAAUGAAAUCAAUUUAUUUGAAAAGUUAAUGACUACCCAAUCAAAGAUCAAUCUACAAACUAUUUGGAAUGAAGAAAACUUCAAUGGGAACUUAUUAACUACUAAUUCAUUCACUGAUUCUAAAAUAUCAACUAAAACAUUUUUCCAAUUUUUCAACUAUAGGAUUUUAGUAUUGAAAUUCUUAACUAUAGAAUUCCAUAAUUUAUCACAAAAUAAAGCUAUUUAUUUGAAGAACCAAUAUUUGGAUUUCUUAUUGAAUGAAAACAAUUUCUUAAACAAUAAUUACAAGAUAUUGAAUUUCCUUGAUUUGUUAAAUUUCAAAUUUACUCAUUUUGAAAGAUUCAAUUAUCAAAAAUUCCCCAAAUUCAAUAUUAAUUCUGUAUUGAACGAAAUCAUAUCCGAUGGUGAAAGAUCUGAUGACUUUUUCAAUAAUACUAUUAUAGUCAAAUUAAAUAAUUUCGGUAUUGAAACCAAUGAAUUAUCCAAAUUCAUGGAAGAUUUUAUCAAUUUUGAAAAUUUAAAGAAAUUCCAAUUGAGCUAUUUACAUAAUUGGGUUCAAUUGAUUGAAGUUAUCAUUAAUGAUGGUAAUUUAUCACCAAAAAAUUAUCAAAACUUCAUCCUAGAAAUCUUAUCAAAUAUUUUACCUAAGAUUAAUGAAUUCUUUGAAACUGAUGACAUUAUAUUCAGUGAAGAAUUGAUUUCAUUAUGUGUAUUGUUAUUUAAUAAUUAUUUCGAAACCAAUAAUGAAGAAAUCUUUAUCGAAAGGUUGUUAAUCUUAUUAUCGACCACUGUUAAAGGUAUUAAGAGUUUGAAUAGUACUAUCAAAUUAAGAAAUGAUUUAUAUAUCUUGUUAAACAACUUUUUAAUCAAGAUUUUGAAAAUUGAUAAUAAGAAUUUACUCAUGAAAGUUAUUGAUAUCUUCAAAAAAAUCGAUUUGAACUUCUUGGAUAUUCUUAUAAAUGAUUUAAUUGUAAAUGAGAAUUCUAUAAAAGUAAUUUCCAUCAUUUUAUUAGAAAACCUUAUCCAUUUAUUUAACAAAUUCGAUGAUAAUUAUCUUAUCAAUAAAUUGAUCAAUAACAAUUCCUUAUUAUUAAUCGUUAGAUUAAUUAAAAGAAUUGAUGAGAUAUUAGAAUUUGAUGAUAAUAUCAAUAAUUUAUCAUCUAUAUUAUAUGAAUUAACUAUAUUCAAAUCCAUUUUGAAUUUGUUAAUCAGAAUAAGUACCAUCAGACAAGGUUCAUCAUAUUUAAUUCAAAGUGAAUUAUUCUCCAUUAUAAAAAACUGUAAAAUAUUUCAAAUCGAUUUUGAUUUGAAUAUAAAUUUCAAAUUUAAUAAUAUCAAUAAAUUUAAUAACGAAGAUAUCAUUGAUUAUUAUGAAAUCUUGAUCCCAAUAUUCAAAUUAUUUUCAAUCUUAUUGAUAUCUAUGGGUCCAAAUUAUAAACCAAGUAAGAUUCAAGGUAAUGAUUUAUUGAAUCAUUUCAGUAAAUUGAAAAAUAAUAUUGUUAAGAAAGAUAUAUUGGUUAAUGAAAAUAAGUUAGUAGUUAAUGAUUCAGAGAUGAAGAAUUUAGAUAAAUUGAUCAAUCAAUUCAUUUUAUUGGAAUCUUUAGUCAAUUAG